AUGCAAUUCACCAUUUUCCUCCCGAUAUUCCUACUCGCCACUAUCACCUUCGCUAACCCUCUCGUCCCGCGCGACGACUUCUAUCAGGAGGCCUACGCCAGCACCGACUGCUCUGGUCCCGUAGUUGCGCGCACCGACGACGGAAAUGCCAGCUGCAACAGCUUUCCCGAGACCGUCUACUCCCUAAAGUCGUUCGGUCCGGGUUGCUGUGGCGCCUACCUUUAUGCAGAGGCAAACUCCUGCACGGGCAGGGGCGAGUGGAUCUCUGCGGGCGCGAACAAUGGGGAGUGCGUCUCGUAUCCGGAUGGGAUAAAGCAGUGGAAGGGGGCGUGCUGCUGA